GGAGGAGGAAGAGGAGGAGGAGGAGGAGGGAUGAGGCGCGCGGUGGAGGGGAAAUGGCUGCCGAAGACAAGCCGGAAGGACUGAAGAAGAUAAGAAAUCCAGAGCGAACGGUCAGGAUUGCCGUGGGCUACACAGGACACACCCCUCCCAAGAGUGAUGACACUGACGCCAACAAUGAGCCGGGCCAGUUAAAGAUCUACCUUCCUAAGAAGUUGCUGGAGUGUCUACCCAAAUGUUCCUCUCUGCCCAAGGAGCGCCAUCGCUGGAACACCAAUGAGGAGAUUGCUGCAUAUCUCAUCACUUUUGAAAAACACGAUGAGUGGCUGACGACAUCGCCAAAAACAAGGCCUCAGAAUGGCUCUAUGAUCCUCUACAACCGUAAGAAGGUGAAGUACAGGAAAGAUGGCUACUGCUGGAAGAAGAGAAAAGACGGGAAGACCACCCGAGAGGAUCACAUGAAGCUCAAAGUGCAGGGAGUCGAGUGUCUGUAUGGCUGCUACGUCCACUCCUCCAUCAUCCCCACCUUCCAUCGUAGAUGCUAUUGGCUGCUGCAGAACCCAGACAUUGUUCUGGUGCACUACCUGAACGUACCGGCGGUGGACGACAGCGGGAAGCCAUGCGGUCCUGUCCUCUGCUCCAUCAACACGGACAGGAAGGAGUGGGCCAAGUGGAGCAAGGAGGAGCUGAUUGGACAACUCAAACCCAUGUGUGCUGGGAGCAGCCUACAUCAGAAAUGUUCCAGUGUCAAGCAGCGCAUCAUCUCAUCCAAGCAGGAGACAGGGGCAGCAGCAGGAGGUGGACCUGCAGUGGGUACCGGCGUCGCAGCAGGCCAGCGAGAUGAGGAGUCGGAGGCCACAGAGGUCCAGAACAGCGAUGUGUCGGAGGGCCAGACAGAUCCUAGUCCUGGAGGAGGCAGGAGCAGAGUGGGCGGAGGAGAGAGGAGGAAUGGCAGGAUAACCAAACCCUCGUUACUCCCUCAGAGCAGCAUGGAGGUCUCCUCUUCAACUUCCAACAACCAGGUGGAGGUUCCUGACACCACACAGAGCUCCCCGCUGUCAAUCGCCAGUGACAUGGCCGACAGUCCUGCUCUCUCCAUUGGGGCUGGUCUGUCACAGAGCACAGCUGUGUUCAUGUCUGAGGUCACCACACUCACUGGGGAUUCGGUUUACUCCGCUGGACACACCCAUCUUCUGGCCUCCACCCACGAAAGCACCACCGCUGGCAUCCUAUUGGCCGUCGCCCCUGACAACCAGAGGUUUGCAUCGUUUCCUGGUGGAGUGGGCUUAGGCGAGGGAGGAGAGUUGGUUCUGUCCAGCUCUCUAGACUCUGGAGGAGCGGUCACACUUCCUGAAACCACCAUGACGUUUGACCCAGAUUGCUUCCUCAACAACCCCAAGCAGGGCCAGACGUAUGGAGGAGGUGGAGGGAAGACUGAGGGGUGUAACGGUGAUGAUGGAGUACUCCACUGCCCCUCGAAUGGCUUCAUCUACAACCCUGCCCUCGUAAACAACAUCAAGACGGAACCGUCACCACUGGAGCAGCCGCUGACCACUCAGAACAGCUACGUGGGGGAAGGAACAGGCCUCAGCCCCAGCACCACCUUGGAGCAGAUGGACUUCAGUGCUGUCAUGUCAUCUGCCUGUGUCCCGAGUCUCGGCCAGACCCCACACCACCCCUCCCCAAGCCUCUUCCUCCAGGCCUCCCCCCAGACUAGCCAGUCCUCCCAGCUGCAGACCAACGGUACCGAGGGAUCGCAGGAAUCAGGUGAGGCCCAAACAUACAUCGGUCUGCCCACGGUGCCAACGGACUCUCCCAUCACCAACGGAGAUCCACAUUCACACCUCCACCAAGCCAACCCAGACCAGCAGGCCCUAUGUGGACGGAACGGACAAGGAGCAGCGGCUUUUCCCCUCACAACACAGGACACGACUGUCGACCAGUCCGUCAGCAGCGGGCAUCAAGAGGUGGGAGUCUUAGAGAAAGCUUCUGAGAAUGGAGGGGAGUUACUACUCAAGCCUGGGGAUCCUCAUGAGGCCUACACGAGCGUGGACACAGAGCACUACCUGCAACCCACAGAUGACAACGGAGGAGGAGAGGAGGGUGGGGGAGGGGGAGGUGGAGGAGCCGGAGGAGGGGAGAAUGAAAUUCUCUGCAACGGUGUAAGCUUACCAGGGGCCGGUGGGUCAGUGGUGGCCAGUCCUCAGUCAAUAGCUGCUGGUACAAACAUAGAGGGGGCGCUCUUCAGCUCUCCUAUGCCACAGCAAGGUGGAGCCGUGUCGGCCACAGCAGCCGGGGCGGGAUCGGCCAUCAGCCUGGAAGGUUUUGAGGCUUCAUUUGGAAGCCAGUUCUCUGAUCUCAUCAAUGAUUUCAUCUCAGUGGAAGGGUCUGGAGGUGGGGUGGGAGCAGCAGUCACUGGGGUUCUCAUGCCACAGGAGGGCGCAGCUGGGGAGGAGCAAGGCGCAGUAGUGGGCCACCUGCAGGGCUCAGAGGUGGAGCAGGGAGCUCUGGGACUCCUCCAGGAGACCGGGAGGCUGUUUGGGGUGACAGACUACUCCCCCGAGUGGUCUUAUCCAGAGGGCGGAGUGAAGGUGCUGAUCACCGGCCCGUGGUUGGAGUCGAGCAGUGAGUACAGCUGCCUCUUUGACCACAUCAGUGUCCCUGCUGCUCUCAUCCAGCCUGGGGUGCUGCGCUGCUACUGCCCAGCCCAUGACACUGGACUGGUGAUGCUACAGGUCGCUAUGGGUGGUGAAGUCAUCUCUUCCUCCGUGGUGUUUGAAUACAAGGCACGAGACCUUCCUGCUCUGCCGUCUUCUCAGCAUGACUGGCUGUCCCUGGAUGAUACCCAGUUCAGGAUGUCCAUCUUGGAGCGUCUGGAGCAGAUGGAACAGAGGAUGGCUGAGAUAACCAAUCAGAACCCCAGCUCAGAAACCACGGCAACCAAGGGCGGAGGAGUGGAGGGGGGAGGAGCCACUGAUCAGCAGUCUCAAAUGUCUCCUGAUCAGGGUUCAUUUGAGGGCCGUGUGGUUGUGGUAUGUGAGAAGAUGAUGUCUCAGUCGUGCUGGGCAUCUUCUAAUCAGCUCGUACACAGUAAGAACUCCAGAGGAAUGACCUUACUGCAUCUGGCUGCAGCUCAGGGCUACGCGGGACUCAUUCAGACGCUCAUCCGCUGGCGCACAAAACACGCUGACUCCAUUGACCUCGAGCUGGAGGUGGAUCCUCUAAAUGUGGACCACUUCUCCUGCACUCCACUGAUGUGGGCCUGUGCUCUGGGCCACACAGAGGCAGCACUGGUGCUUUACCAGUGGGAUCCACGGGCUCUGUCUAUUCCCGAUUCAUUAGGACGCUUGCCACUCAACAUUGCUCGAUCCAGGGGCCACACUCGACUGGCUGAGCUCUUAGAGCAGCUGCAACAGACUCCUCAAGCUCAGGGCCAGCCUGCUGACACAUGGAUGGACAGGUGGAGGGGGGAGUCACGGAUGAGUGGAAUAAGCAACAGCCCCACUCCAAACCCUAACUCAGAGCUCAGAAGAGCCAGGACCGAGAGCCAGCCAGACAACCAGAGCCAAGGCUGGAGCCAAACUGGACUCCGAGCCCCACAGGGCAACCAGGGAGAGCAGGGAGGUCCACCCCCAGCCAAGAGACUCAAACCCAGCCCAGACGCCCAGCAACAGCUUGCUAACUCAACGCCCAGCACCAACACCCUCAACUCCCUCCUCAGCACCUCCCAAAAUCCUAACUCUAUGUGUUCUCUCCUCCCCAACACCCACACGCUACAAACUCAACCCUCCAACCUCAGCUGUCAGAACACACCUCCUGCCAGCACCAGCCCUAACCGGCCUCAGCUCCCCAGCACCCCAUUCUCCCACCUGCAGGCCAGGAUAGGGGAGUCUGGAGGGGGCACCAGGUGGAGUCUGAGGCAGACUCUUGGGCAAUGUAGCCUAGCCAGGAGGAUUUUAGGAAAAGAGCGACUGGCCAGUCACCUGCGCCAAAGAGUGCUGUCUGACAGGGGAGAGGAGACAGAGCUGCUGACCUAUCAGGAGAACACUGAGGACCUGCAGAUGGACAUUACAAUGUUAGCUGAUCACAUCAUGGAGGCGUCAGGUGCUCGGCUCAAACAGGAGGCUGUGGAGACUGAAACAGAGUCCGGGAGGAUCAGCAGUGACGUCAGGUUACUGUCUGGUUACCUCAGCGAGGUGGAGAGAUUCUUGAACUGCAAGCCCCCGACUCCCAGCCCCAAACCACACUCUCUCUCAGGGCCCGAGGAUCAGCAGAGUCCUCAGGCUAAGCAAGCCCCGUCCUCCUCCCCCUCUGACUGGAACUCCUUCCUCUGUGCAGCUAUGAAAGAGGAGAGGUUGAAAAGUAACUCCUCCUGUCUAGCCAUGACUGAAGCAGAGCAGGCGGAGCUGUAUGAGACCAUCAGACAUGCCCUGCACGCCCUCAGAAAACACAAGGGUCCCAUUCAGGAACAACGCAAAGAGAUUGCAGCAGUGAUUCAACGCUGCUAUAAGAGAUAUAAGCAGUAUGCACUUUAUAAGAGGAUGACCCUGGCAGCCAUCCUGAUCCAGAGUCGUUUCCGGAGUUUCCAUGAGCAGAGGAAGUUCCAACAGAGUCGUAGGGCAGCGGUCCUCAUCCAGCAAUACUACCGCUCCUACAGACACUCCCUUGGCAGCCUCCUCACUAAAAGACAGAACCAGGCUGCUCGCAAGAUCCUGAGGUUCCUGCUCCGAUGCCGCCACAGCCCCUUGAUGGACCAUAGGCCUCUGAAAUGGGGCCAGAGAGCAGAGAAAGGUCAGGGGUCCUGAGAUUCCACCACCCGGCCCCACACACAGUCCCCUCAGCCUGUGAGCAACCUCUACACCCUCCCUGCUCUCCAUUUCCCCCCUUUGUUUUCGUUCUCCUCCCCCUCCAUCUCCCCCAGAC